CGGGCUUCCAGGAGUUUGCGAGCCUAAAAAUACACAGAGGCGCAUUUCAGUCAUUUGAUUUGAGGAAACUAUUCACUGGAUGAUCAGACUGAGAGUGAGGGACAAACACACGUGCGUACACGGUGAGAAGCUUUCGCGGUGAAGUUUGUAGAUUGAAAGUCUCCUGGACUAGUGUGGAUUUAUCGGGAAUACUGCGAGUUUGCCAGAGACGGAACAGCGCGUUUUUGCUCAAAAGAGGUUUUCAAUGGUUUAAAUGAAGGCCAUCUCCACAGGCAUGUGCUAUGCCACUGGAUAACGCAGAGGACAGCAGCCUCCCUAACCUUGUGUGUCUGACUAAUGUGUUUUUGCAGUCCAUUGUGGGAUGGCCCUCAUCUUCACCCUGCUUCAUUCCCUCCUCCUGGGUGUCCUGGGAGCCCUAACGGCCUAUAGCAGUUAUCCACGCUUCUCCUCCAAUGACACAGUCUUCCAGCACCUGGCAUUGCACCCUGACCCCAGCAUUGGAUUGGUCUAUGUGGGGGCACGAGACCAUCUGUUCCAGCUUGCUGGUCUUGAUGGCCUCCGGCUUGAAGUGGAUGAGAGAACUGGCCCUGUGAGAGAUAGCAAAGACUGUCUGCCUCCAGUAACACUAGAGAACUGUCCUCAGGCUGGACUAGUUAGCAAUCACAACAAGCUACUGUUAGUAGAUCCCUAUUCCCUUCAGCUUAUUGCCUGUGGCAGUGUACACCAGGGAACAUGUCAGAAACGCAGCCUAGCUAAUGUGAAUGAAGUUCUCUUUUCUGCCGAGAGACCAGUUGAUACGCAGUACGUAGCGGCUAAUGACCCUACCACUUCAACAGUGGGACUUGUGGUGCGACCGCAAGACAAAGAUCCCGUCCUCUAUGUUGGGCGAGGCUACACCAGUAGUCACCCACCAGUGUCUACGCGACAACUUUUGACAGAGCCUGUGUUCUCCUAUGAGGAUACCGCCAAACUCGCAGUUGCUGGACGCCUCUCUGAAUACGAUCACAAUUUUGUGGCUACUUUAGCCCGACACAACCACGUCUACUUUUUAUUCUAUAGGCGUGACCUGAAAGCUGCCUCUAGGGAGUAUCGAACGUACGUGGCUCGGGUGUGUCUUGACGAUCAGGCGUAUUACUCUUAUGUUGAAGUACCGUUAAUGUGUCACUCAAACUCGACAGGCAGGAACUACAAUCUCCUCCAGGGGGCGCAGGUGGGAGGUGUGGAAUCUGGAGACUCGCAAGUUUUGAUGGGAGUGUUUUCAACAGCGGUUAGUGCUGCUAGUGGACCCAGUGAGGAAUCAGCAUUGUGUGUGUAUGCUCUGGAUGAAGUGGACAGAAGUAUUGAUGCUACACGAGACCUAUGCUACACACAAGAUGGGGAGAAAGGGAGCAACAAGGUGGCCUACAUUGAGUAUGAAGUUAAAUCCAGCUGUGCCAACCUGCCCACGAACACCCUAAAUGCUUAUCCCUGUGGUUCAGACCACACCCCAAGUCCAAUGGCAAGCCGGGAACCAGUUGAAGCUGAAGCCGUAUGGGAAAGUCCAGCUACCCGUCUGACUGCUGUGGCAGUUAGCGUAAAGGAAGGCCAUACCAUUGUUUUCCUGGGUGACUCCAAAGGCAAUGUGCAUAAGGUCUUCCUGGGCAAAUCAGGAGAGGUGAGGAGAUACUCCACCCUUCUCAUCCAGCCAGGUUUAGCCAUUAACAGUGAUCUACUGCUGGAUUCCAACCACAGACAUCUCUAUAUCAUGACCAGCAAUUCUGUGGAAAAGAGGCCUGUGGCAGAGUGUGAGAAGCACACUGAUUGCACCUCCUGUCUGGCAGUGAAGGACCCAUACUGUGGCUGGUGUGUCCUUGAUGGCUGGUGUGGGAUGCGUUCAAACUGUAGGUUGGGUUCAGUGGAAGGUCAUUGGCUGUGGAGUUUUGACAAGCAACAGCAGUGUUUGAGAGUGGAGUCACUGAGCCAAUAUAACGCCAGCCUUGGAGAGCAGAAACAGAUUGCUGUGGAUGUCCCUGGUUUGCCCAGUGUCUCAGAGGGUGAGAUGUACUCCUGUUUCUUUGAAGAAACGGAAACUGCUGCCUCUGUCCAGGGCACCACAGUCUUCUGUGCCACUCCAGAGGCCCACAGACAUCCACCUGUACCACAGGGAGAGGAUUCGGUGGCUGUCACCCUGUCCCUGCGCUUCAGGACUGUCACUGUAGCCACAUCAGACUUCACCUUCUAUGACUGCUCUGUGGUGCAGCAGCUCUCUGCCAGCAUGCCGUGUAGCGGUUGUGUAAGCAGCCGUUGGAAAUGCAAUUGGUGCAUCCACCAGAAUGUUUGCACUCACCGGUCCACAUGUGACCGUGGUGUGAUCGUUUACAACCACGUUUUUACAUUGCCCACAAAAGACUUUGUUACGUACACGUUUACCACCUCGCCACCCUCUACGAUCAAACUCUCAACCCCCAAGGUUACCAUAACAACUGAAGCUGUUGUCACGACUACACCUUCAAUGACUCUUCCCACUACUCUAGAGCCCACUGCUGCCCCCACCACACCACCUCUGGAAACCACAACCCCACUUAACAAUCCAUCCACAACCUACAACCACGUGACAGCUUCCUUUAUGCACCAAUCCACGGCCACUACAGAGUCAUCUGAUAUAUUCACAAAGGCCUCAACCAUCUCACAAAACAGCUCUUGGAUUGAGGAGGAAGUCCAGGCAGAGCUGGAUGUAGAUGGUCUUAUAGACACUGGUGUCUCUGUGUCAUCUGCUAACGCCCCCUCUGGCGAUGGCGAGGCAGGGCCUGAUUCAUCGGAUUUCCUCCUCGCUCCAGACACAGACUACCAGUCCGACUCAGCUGACCUUUUCAUCCCGGGAGAAGAGAGUUUACCAAUGAUAGGUUCUCACGCCUGUCCAUGUGUGGAGAGAGUCCAGGGCAGCUUCCUCCUACCGGUCAAUGUUGAGAGGAAGAUCACUCUAGUGGGACACAACUUACACCUCUACCAGGACAAGGAGUAUGAUUAUCAGUGUGUGUUGGUGAUUGAGGGCCGAUCAGUGGUGGUGGAUGCUUUCGUAGAGGUGGACGACACUCAGCCUUCUCUCUUCUUCAUUACCUGCCAACUUCACAAGUACUCCUACUCUACUGCUGUUGAAGAAUACAAGAGCUUCAUCUCAGUCAGAAGGAGAGACUCGUUUCAGAUGGACUAUCCAAAAGACCUGCAUGUACAACUUUAUAACUGCUCGGUGGGCCGCUCAGACUGCAGUCGAUGUCACACGGCUGAUCAGCAGUACGGGUGUGUGUGGUGUAAGGGGUCUCGUUCCAGUUGCGUGUACCAGAGCUCUUGUACUGACCACAUCCAGCGUACCUGCCCUGCUCCUCACAUAUACAAGAUUGAGCCUCAUUCUGGUCCAGUGGAGGGUGGUACAGUGGUCACGAUCUCUGGCUCUAAUCUGGGUCAAAGAGCAGAAGACAUCCAGCAGUCUGUCACAAUAGCAGGAAUCCCUUGCACUGUCAUACCUGAAAGAUACGAGGUUUCAUCCAGUAUUGUUUGUGAGACCACAGCGAGUGGGGGGGAACGGAGCGGGCACAUCUCUGUGGAGGUUAAAGGGGGAGGAAUCGGACAGUCUGCCCACCGCUUCCAUUACCAGGACCCAGUGUUAUUGGGUGUGUCUCCUCUGAAAGGCCCAAUGUCGGGCGGCACAUCACUCACCAUCACGGGACAGAACCUUCUGACGGGCCAUUCCAGUGAGAUCAGCAUUCUGAUUGGUGGAGUCCCAUGUCACAUUUCUUCGGAGCAGCACAAUGAGCGUGAUGAAUGUGUUACUGGAGUGAGCAACAGAACUGGAGAGAGCAGUGUUACAGUCCGGUUUGGCAGAGCAGAGCGCCAUCUACAGGAAGUCCUCUAUCAUUACACCCCAGACCCCAAUGUGACCAAUGCUGUUCCUUCCAAAAGCUUCCUUUGCGGGGGCCGUAUCAUUCGAGUGUCAGGCCAAAAUCUGGAUGUGGUACAGGAGCCACGUAUUCGUGUGACCCUGACCCCACUGGAGCCACACUCUCAGAGGAGAAAGAGGAGAAGGAGGAUGAGUGUGGGGGCUGAUGAGAAGAUCAGACGUUACAGCCCUCUCAGAAGAGAGCGAAGGAUAGUCCCAGAACCAAACUGUCCUGAAGAUAGUCUGUGUGUCAUCAAACAGGUAGAGUUCACACAAGUUGAGGAACGGUGCACAGUGAAUAGCUCAACCCUAAUCUUAUGUCCCACUCCGGAGGUGGGACCAGAGGCCCUACGUGCGGCCGUCAGAGUGCAUUUCCUCCUGGAUAACCUCCACUUUGAAUUUGAGGCGGUCAAUGGAAGCCCCUUCAGUUAUGAGCUGAACCCUGUUCUUCAUAACCUCAAUCAACAUGACUCCAGCAAGCCCUUCCGCCACAAACCCGGCAGUAUCAUCUCUGUGGAGGGUGAGAACUUGGACCUGGCCAUGUCUAAGGAGGAGGUGGCUGCUCUAAUAGGAGAUGGAGAGUGUGCUGUGAAGACUCUAACCAGGAACCACCUGUACUGUGAGCCGCCAACACAACAGCCACCCGUGUCUGUGACCAAGAAACGAGAGUCCACUGAUGCUCUCCCAGAGUUCACCGUGAGGAUGGGAAAUCUGAACUUUUCUUUGGGGCGGGUGCAAUAUGAUUCUCAAGGCCAGGCCUCCUUUCCUCUGGAAGCCCAGGUUGGGGUCGGUGUGGGAGCCUCCAUUGUGGCUCUUAUUGUGAUGGUUAUCGUGCUGAUAUACAGGAGGAAAAGUAAGCAAGCACUAAGAGACUAUAAGAAGGUCCAGAUCCAAAUGGAUAAUUUGGAGACCAGUGUCAGAGAUCGGUGUAAAAAGGAAUUCACAGAUCUGAUGACUGAGAUGAUGGAUGUGUCCAGUGAUCUGAUGGGAUCUGGAAUUCCAUUCCUGGACUAUCACAGGUAUUCUGAGAGGAUCUUCUUCCCUGGUCACCGGGAGUCUCCGCUGAGACGGGACCUGGAUGUUCCUGCUUGUCGACGGGCCACUGUAGAGCAAGGCCUGGUUCAGCUGUCUAACCUCCUCAACAGCAAACUGUUCCUCACAAAGUUUAUUCACACUCUGGAAGCCCAACGGACCUUCUCUCCAAGGGACAGGGCGUAUGUUGCCUCUCUCCUUACAGUGGCACUGCACGGCAAGCUAGAGUAUUUCACAGACAUCUUAAAAACUCUGCUUAGUCACCUGGUGGAGCAGUACACCACUAAAAACCCCAAACUUAUGCUACGCAGGACUGAAUCCGUGGUGGAAAAGCUGUUGACAAACUGGAUGUCCAUUUGCCUUUACUCCUUCCUCAGGGACACAGCGGGGGAGUCUUUCUACGUGCUAUUCAGAGCCAUAAAGCAUCAGGUAGAUAAGGGUCCAGUGGAUGCAGUAACGGGCAAAGCCAAAUACACACUCAAUGACAACCGACUACUGCGAGAAGAUGUGGAGUACCGCACACUGACUCUGAAUGUUCUGGUGAGCAGUGGAGGUGCUGGUGAGUCUCAGACGGUCCCCACCAAAGUGCUGGAUUGUGACACCAUCACUCAGGUGAAAGAGAAGGUACUGGAGCACACAUGCAAGGGCACGUCGCUUUCCCAAAGACCCUCCGCAGAUUCCGUUCAUCUCGAGUGGAGGGCAGGAAUGGCUGGUCAUCUGAUCUUGUCAGAUCAGGACUUGACAUCAGUGGUUCAGGGGUCCUUGAAACGUCUCAACACCUUACAACAUUACAAGGUCCCUGAUGGUGCCACCGUAACACUGGUGCCACGACAAUCCAAGCAAAUCCACCAUGACAGCCAUGACUACAUACCAGGAGAGAAGACCCCAAUGUUGGAAGAUGGAGAAGAGGGAGGAGUGAAACAAUGGCACCUGGUGAAGGCCAGCGAGGAAUCGGAGCUUCCCAAACACAGACGAGGCAGUCUAAGAGACAAAGAACGAGAGAGAGCCAAGGCAAUACCAGAGAUCUACCUAACUCGCCUGCUGUCUGUGAAGGGUACGCUGCAGAAAUUAGUUGACGAUAUGUUCACUGUAAUUCUGAGUACAAGUCAACCAGUUCCUUUGGCUGUGAAAUAUUUCUUUGAUUUGUUGGAUGAUCUGGCAGCACAGCACAACAUUACAGACCCAGAGACAAUCCACAUAUGGAAAACAAACAGCUUACCGCUGAGAUUCUGGAUCAAUAUUCUGAAGAACCCGCAAUUCAUCUUUGAUGUUCAGGCCUCUGACAAUGUAGAUGCAGUGCUGUCAGUCAUUGCUCAGACCUUCAUGGACUCCUGCACAAUCGCUGACCAUAAACUGGGCAGGGAUUCCCCAAUCAAUAAGCUCCUGUAUGCUCGAGACAUCCCACGGUACAAACAAAUGGUGGAGAGAUAUUAUUCAGAUAUAAGACAGACCAUCUCUGUCAGUGACCAAGAGAUGAACUCCACUCUAACUGAACUCUCCAGAAACUACUGUAAUGAGGUCAAUCAUCUAGUGGCAUUACAUGAGUUGUACAAGUAUAUCAACAAAUACUAUGAUCAGAUUAUCACAGCUUUAGAGGAGGACUCCACAGCUCAGAAGAUGCAGCUGGGAUACAGACUACAACAGAUCGCUGCAGCUGUGGAGAAUAAAGUCACUGACCUUUGACCUGUAACCUUGGAUAGACACUUGAAGAGAUUAGAAAUAGAGAGAGCCAAGACCUCGAACAGAGGCAUGAACUCUCACUUCCUGAAGAGCACUAAAGCAUUCAGAGAAGAAAAAAAAAAGAUAUUUGAGACUGAGAUCUUAGACAUUGUUACAAUUAAAUAUGCAGCAUUAGCAGAUUUUAAAGAAGAUGCUCUGCUGAAUUGCUCUCUCUGCUAUCACUAAGGGUCAGUGUUUUCAUGAAAGAUUUCAUUCACACCGCCCUCGCCAACACACAACGGUGCCUCUGAAAGAUCCAAAAGUGCUUCCUGAACUUCUGCUGUUUGUUUGUUGGGUGUCUGGGGCAUUUCUGAUGUCUAUAGAUGUUCCUCAUCUAAUAUAUUCAACUCAGAAUGUUGUCAGCAUACACAGACCACCUGUUUGGCAGGUUUUUAAGAAACUGCUAGCUUUUAUGUAUUUGGUGGGUUGUGAUUUAUGUUGCCGCUAUGUUCAGCAUCUUAAUACUAAGAGCUUUCUAAGAAUUUUUUAUAGAAAAAUUUAAAUGAAUUUUCUUGCUCCACACACCCAUAGACAUUUUUACCACGUUAUGCGAUCUAUUGAAAACCUACCUGAACUGUAUAUGUUAGAAAAAUUGUGCGAGCGAGAUUUUUUGGGAUACCUUGUUUUUAUUCUGAACUUUUAAAACAAAAACAAUACUGGUUUAAGGGACCUGUCUUUAAAAGGGCCAUAUGUGAUUAUUUUCAUAUGGCAUAGAAUACAGUACAAUAUACCGUACAUUAACAUGCAUGGAUACUCACUGUGAAUUCAGAGAUAUAUGGUUGGCACUUUUGGUUAAUUAUGAUUAUGUAAAUGGAAGUUAACCAGAUUAACACACUUGACCAUUGAUUUAGGUAAAUAGGUUCACAAUGCUCGGUUGUAAAUUUGUUCAUAGUCAUUAUGAGUUUGUUUCUUCAGUGUUAAUGUGUGCUAAUUGAUGUUUUGCUGUUUUUGUUGGCUUAGAUCAGUAAAAAAAAAAAAGUUGUUUACCUUGGCUGCCAAAAAGUGUACAGUUCAUACAUCCCUGCACACUUGGUUGAAAUGAAAAGUUACAAAUGAAGCAGUUAAUUUAUGCUAAUCCUUCUAAUCUGUGCGGUCACAAUCAUCUUUUUUUAUAUACUUUUUAUAUACACUUACACAUUCAUAAAGGAAUAGUUCACCCAAAAAUGAAACUUCUGUCAUAUGGGUUUAGAAAAGCAUGUUGUUGUGUAAAUGAGGUCAGGAUUUUCAUUUUGGGGUGAACUAUCCCUAAUAGCAUAAAAGCAAAAGGUUAAGAAUUAGUUCAGAUACCUAAUAAUAAAAAGUAAAACUACCUAAGAUGAUUUGAUUUAUACAUGGUCAAACUUUACAGAAAUUACCAAAUGUUUGGAAAUGAUACAAUAUGAGAUAAUGUGGACCAUCUGUACAGCUGCUACAUCCUAAUACAUCCUCACAGUGUCUUUCCCAUGAGCACAAAGAAUUACACACACCAUUGCAGUCACGUGCUGAUCUUUUUUAAAUGGUCUUUCAGUUAUUCAAGUUUUGUUUUAUCUUUUGUUUCCUAAACACUGAAUGCACGUUAACGUGAACUACUGCAGCUGCUGUGAUAUCUGUUUUACUUCGCAUUGCUGACAUUUUUUGUGUUCUUAUUGAUUUUAAUGUAUUUAUUUAUUUAUUUUUGUGCUUGAUUGGCUGCCGGUGGCGAGCUGAUGAUGUACAGACCAAAUUUUUUUGUAAUAAAGACCCACCCCCAAACAAAAUUAUUAUUUUUUUUUCAUCUUUUAAUAUACGGGGAACCGACAGCAGUAAUUGGUAUAACCGUAAAUGGUUAGAUCUCUUUAAAUAUUCAUGCAGAUGUAUCAAAUUAGUUUGUGCUGUAGUUCACUGUUGUUCAGCAGUUUUGGAUGUAUGUGUGGCUGUAAUACACAACAGAUUACUUUGUAAAAUAAUUAUUAUAAUUAUUUUUACUUGUCCAUUUCUAUUGUAAAUAAAAUGUUGCUAUCAUUAAUGAUGUGUUUCAUUAUAGAAAUCAGCUGUAAUAAUGUGUUAAGAAAGUUAUGACCGAUUUAAGACGAAAGGUUGCAUGCUUGCGGGAUCUAAAUCAUUAUUUAAAGAGAUUCAUGAAUGGUAUUCAA